AUGGAGAGAAAAAGUGACAAGCUGAAAAAUGAAAUGGGUGGGGAAAAGGGUGGGGAAAAAGGCUGGGAAAAAGGCUAGGGAAAAAAGGUGGGAAAAAGGUUGGGGAAAAAAGGGUGGGGAAAAAGGGUGGGGAAAAAGGGUGGGGAAAAAAAGGGGUGGGGAAAAAAGGGUGGGGAAAAAAGGGUGGGGAAAAAAGGGUGGGAAAAAAGGGUGGGGAAAAAGGGUGGAAAAAAAAGGGUGGGGAUAUGCAAAUCACGGCACUAUAUCAUCAUACUCGGGUCUGUGUGA